AUGAUCAAACUACAGGUUGGAACGAAAGACCUACGACCUUACUGGAAUCAGACUGAAUUAUCCGUUCAAGAAUUUGAUUGGGAUCAUAAGGGGUGCACCGACAUCUCCCACAUUUAUAUUUCUCAUGAUAACUACAUCCGUUUUAUUCAACUUCAGUAUGUUGAAGAGAAUGGAGAGUUGUCCAAGCUUUCUCCUUCGCCUCGUAAGAAUUCUUAUGGUUGGAAAUUCAAUGUUCAGAUUAAGCUUGAUUAUCCACGUGAGGUUCUCAAGGGGAUUAGUGGCUAUUGGAAAAGCAAUGUGACUUCAUUGACAUUUACUACGAACCGUCGGACAUAUGGGCCAUUCGGUUGCAAGCGAGAAGAUAGUACUGAAUUCGAUCUCCAAACUGGAGAUGAACCCCUCUUUGCUGGAUUGCAUGGAUCCUUUGAUUCACUAGGUCUUAAAACAAUUGGAAUCUAUGUGAAUCCAGAACAAGCCAGUCCCUGA